AGCUUUAACCUAUGAGCUAGGGUCCUAGCUUAUAAAACCCAACCUUUCCCUUUUCUUUCUUCCUCCCUCUCUGUUGCCGUCGUUGAAUGAGAAGUCAUGGUGCAAUACUUGAGGUUCGUAAGCUUUGUAGUAGGACUCUUGCUCUCUUUAGCUGCUCCUGGGGACUCCCUUGCACUUGCUGACGGAGGCAUGGUGACGCUUUGUACUCUCAGGAGCGGUCAGGGGCUUCAAGAGAAGACCAAGAUGGUUGAUGCCACUGGAAACAUUUGGCUUGGAGGAAGGAAGAUGGGCAUGAAGAAGGUGAAUAUUGAAGUCAAAGGCAUGGUGAAAACAGGAAAGGCAAAGAAUUCUUUAAAUAAAUCAUCUGGGUCAUCAAAUGCAGAGGAUUCUAGAAUCACCACAUUGCACUCAGGAAUAUUCAGUCUCAACAAAAAAACUGAAGGGAAUGCUCUUGAACCAGUGAACCUCUCAAAUUCUCCUCAGAUCAAAUCCCAAGUAUUUGAGGCCUCAUCAUCCGCUCAUGCAAGCUUGGGUUCUUUGAAAGUAGUAUCAGGACUAUCACAUGGUCAAGUUCAGACAGAUGAAACACAAAGGCUACUAGCAUCCACUGCUGAAAUUUUCAAAAUGCUCCAAAAGGACUACCAUCAGCAUGCCCAUCGCCGACCUCCGAUCAACAAUCGCCUACCUUUAGGGAGAAUCAAUGUGAGACCCUAGUUAGUGCUACGAAAUUUUGACGUUGGAUACCAAUCCUCCUUUAAUUCUAAGUAUCGACCUUUUCGCUAAAAUAAAGUAACUAUAUGUACAUUAAGUUUAGUUAGUCAAUGAAUCCUUUUUGGACUUAAA